AUAUCAUCAUCAGCCAGGCUCAUCAGCCUCCCUAAACCUGCCGGCCAAACCUAUCUGUGUGAGCUUCCAUUACUACAUAUUUGGGAACAGCAUUGGAUCCCUGAGGUUUAUUACUAAACACUCUGGGGAACCAGAAACAAUCGUCUGGAUGCGAAGUGGCACACAGGGAAACAAAUGGCGGUUUGCAGAUCUCACCUUCAACAGCGACAGACCAAUACAGUUCAUUAUAGAAGCUGUGGUGGGCGGCACACAGGGGAGCAUUGCCAUUGAUGACGUUAAGGUGGCCACUAGUUUGAAUGGCUCCUGUCCACCUGAGAGAGAGUGUACUUUCCAGGGUUCUCUUUGUGGCAUGCAGCCUCAUCCCUCUGCGAGCUUCAGCUGGGACCGGAUCACAGGCAUGUCCCAGCCAGCCAACUCUUCAGGUCCCACCAAAGAUCACACUCUGGGGACAGAGCAAGGUUACUACCUGAGUGCCGGGUUAUGGAAACACUCUGUGGGAUACAGAGGGGCUAUGAUAUCUCUGAUGGAGCCUACACCGCUCGAUGGGGAGUGCCUAAUGUUCUGGUAUCACAUGGAAGGAACGGGAGUGGGUGAACUGAGUGUUUACCUUCAAACUGACAGCCAAGAAAAUGCCACCAAGCUGUGGACAAGAAUAGGCGAUCAGGGAUCGCACUGGCGGCAUGGGAGAGUAACACUUUACAAUCCACAAAGCAAUUAUCAGGUGGUGUUUGAAGCAAUAGCUGGAGAUGAACCAAUGCGAGAUAUUGCUAUUGAUGACCUCAUCAUCUUGAAUGGUAUCUGUCCCCCACCAGGCUUUUGUGACUUUGAGAUGGACUUCUGCAGGCUGGGUAAACAAUCCCCCAGCAGAGUCUGAAGUAGAGUGGGACUGGCUCUCAGGCCAAAGUGAUGGACAAUUUAUUCCUACAAGAGACCACUCAACAAAUUCUCCUUUAGGCCACUUUGCAUUUUUAAGGCCCCUUAAGUCUGAAAAAGAAGAAAUUGUCCCAGUUGGAGAGUGAGUCCAUGGAAGCAGUAGAAAGUGGCUUGCAUAAAGAUCUGGCACUACGCUCAAGGAUGGCGUAUUGGACCAUCAGACAUUACACUAACAGUGUUUUUAAGUGAGGCUGGUGUUCUGCAUCCCCUAUUCAGUACUAAUGGUUACAUGAAUUCCAC